AUGUCACUUUUAACGAGCUUGGGUAACCCGAGUUCCUAUCAAAAAGCAGAGCUCAAGCCUGAGGAUCUUAUCACGGCUUGUAAUUUUAAUCAGGAGAUCCGACGACUAGAGGCAAGUGUCAAUACCCGAGCUACGACACUUCAGCAGAUGGGAGAAAUGAUCACUAGGCUUCAGCGCGAUCUUUUAUCUACCAAGCUUGAAUGUAAGCGACUGGUAUAUGAACUCUCCGAGUCGAACCGUACUUCUUCUAUGGCAAUAUCUGCUGCUAAUCGGCGUGCCUCCAUGGCUGAGGCCAGGGUGCGCGAUUUAGGCCGCAAGACUUGUCAGUUGCGCCGCGAACUCAAGGAGGCCGUAGCCGUUGCACUAGCAACAAAUAGAACUCAGGGUACCUCUUGGGCCUGCACCGAGUGGUCUCAAUUGCGAAAUAAAUAUUUAGAAGCUUCAUCUAGCUGUAGCCAAAUUUCUUCUUAUCGUGUUUGUGAUAGAGCCAGCUCUCCGAUCUUCGCUAAAAGGAAUCAGCCUGUUGUCUGA